AUGUCUUUCUCAAACUCCCCAUCAACACCUGAUCAGAGACUCAAAACCAUAGUUGUAGCCAUGACGACGGAGAAGAAGACAAUGAACAAUCCGAAACGAAGUUCUCUUGAAGAGGUUGUGUUUGAAAAUAUGAUCCCUAUUGAGAGGCCUAGUUUCGGAUUAGGUGUUUUCCGAACAGAAAUAACUGAAGAAUCUGGAGCCAAGCUCUUGCCCUGGACAAGGCUCUACGAUGAAGUCGUAUGA